AUGGAUCCGGGUCCAACGCGCACGAUCGCUAGCUGCGAUUCGGUGUCCGAUCUCCUUCAGCAACUUCUCGAUGGAAACUCAGACACACAUCUCAUUGUCUGUGCUACCAAAGCCGAGUUCCUGGUGCAGCUGACAGCAGCCAUUCGCUCACAACGCGCUGAUCCAAACGCUGCAACGAGCCAUGAUCUGCUUACAAAAACUAUCGGGCUGCUUGCAAGAUCUAGCAAGAUACGGCUGGCAUUCUGUCCAAGUCUAGAGAGUCUUCGAGCAUAUCUCGCCAUCUUCAACCCUGCUGGUGGAGUGGCCACUGGCAACGGAAGACGCUCCCAUGACCAAGAACUUCUUGCUGUACUCAACAUGAUGGCCUUGCAUGUCGCGACUUCGGAGUUCUCAGCACAGGGACUUUCAAGAACACUUGCUUCUGCCGUCGAGGCCGGCUCUAGGGCAGGAAUGCACCUUCGGCUUUAUGAGUGCUCGAACGCCCUGGACCACUCGAGUGCUGACUGGGGAGAGAAGCUAUGGGAGGCGAAUGUCCCCUUACUGAAUGGGUCGGUUAGAAUACGAGGCGACGAAAGCACCUGGGGGAAACGGGGCAUCACUUUAAAACGAGUCGCCGAGCGCUGGUUUGAGUUUGACCAGGACUAUUGA